CUACGCGAUUUAAUUAUUAUUUUAACUAAAUACGAUGACGAAUAUUGCCAAGAAGGAACCCCAGGGAGGGGGCAAGCAUCAGUUGCACAACGUUCGCUUCUACACGAUAAAACCGCGUGGCAUUGUCAGUUUGGCGUACAGCAAAUCGAGCAAGUGCCUCGCUUUGAGUCGUGAAACACCCGUCAUAGAGCUGUGGAACUUGGAGCACACGCCCUUCCUCGAUCGAGUAAUCCACCUGGCGCCCGAUUGCCCAGUGGAAUCUUUGGCAUGGGCGGGAAAUCGCCUGUUUUCCGCGGAUCUCACGGGCAAACUGAUCGAGUGGGAUGUGAUAAACCUGAAGCCUCGCUACGAGCACUCACCCACGGGGAAUGCCCUCUGGAGUCUCGACGUGAACGCCGCGGAAACGGAAAUCGCCGUGGGUUCCGAGGAGGGACACAUCAACCUGCUGAGCAUCGAGAAUGACGAGAUCACCUACAAAUCCCUGUUCAACAAGCAAAAAGGUCGCGUUCUCUGCAUUAAGUUUGAUAAGACUGGCACGAAACUUGUCACGGGCACCGAGGGAUUCGUUCGCAUCUGGAAUGUGCUCAAGGGAACCACGCUCCACACGAUGACCCUUUCCGAAAAGGACCUAAUUGUUUGGUCCCUGCAGUUCCUGUCGGAUAACACGAUUAUUGCUGGCGAUUCGGCGGGAUUUGUGACCGUUUGGAAUGCGGAAAAUGCCACACAGAUCGAUUGCACACGAGUUCUGGACAAGAACGUAUUUGCCUUGGCUGUAAAUGAAAAGGAGGAUCGAUUGGUGUGCAGCGGAAUGCAGCCACCGCUCAUCCGGAUCUUCAGCAAGACCCAGAUCCGCCGGGAGGAGUCCACCAGCGAGCGUUGGAUCAAGUUUCUGCAGCGCGAUGCCCACAAACACUAUGUGAAAUCCCUCUUGGUUAUAGACGGUCAGAUCUUCUCUGGAGGCCUGGAUGGAAUAUUGACUAUAACCUCCAGCGAAAGGACGCAGGCACACCUAUCGCAGCAUGCUCCCUUCCUCAAGGGAUCCGUAGCUUCACUGGCCAUUGCGGAAAAGCUAUUGCUCUUACGUUAUCCCAACAGUCUUCACCUGUGGCGCCUGGGUUCCGUGGUUCCACAAGACGAGGAGAAGAAAAAACCCUGGGAUCAGCCAAUUGGUGCCUCUGAGGAGCUUCUCUUGGAGCAGCCUCCCCAGAAACUCCUUCAACUUAAUGUCAAGGAGAGUAACUUCAUACAAGCUUCAGCCAUUUCACCCGAUGCAAACUGGAUUUGCUACUCCACAUUGAAGGAACUGCGUUUAAGUCGUUUGAAGAGUAAUCCCCUAAAGGUGGAGCGUCUGGUGGAAGAUCUGCCAGAGGAACUGCAACCAGCGAGUCACAUAAUCUUCACAAAGCAGGGGCGACUGGCACUGCUCCAUCCCCAAAGCAAUCGUCUUAGCUGGUUUAACCUGAAGGAAGAUCGGGUAAUCUUCCAAAACAGCUUCGAUUUGAGUGAUCAUUGCAAGAGCACCAUCAGCCAUCUGGUAAUUUCUUCAGGAGGCGAUUACCUUGUGGCCGGAACUUCAGAUCAGAUAAUAUCGGUUUGGAAACUACAUGGAAAACAGUACAAACACCUGCUGAAUCUGCCAAGGCACCGAGCAGGAACCACAGCUCUUUCCCUGCACGAGGAUCAUCCGCGGGUGGUGGUGGCCUACGCCAAUGGCCAGCUGGUGGAAUACGAUCUGGUCAAUCGGAUCUUUACCUGUGAAACCGAAGAGUACCUUAUACCGGACACCAGGCACCACAGCAUCAGUGGCAUCAGCCUGGAUCCCAGGAAUCCCGACAUAUUCCUAGUUCACACCGAAACCAACUUGUAUGUGCUGGAGAGGAAUCAGCAUUUGGAGCCGAAGGAGCAUGCGGUCAAGGGCAAGACGAAGAAAUUGUCAAACGGAAACCGCUCUUCAGUGGGGGAAAAUGCAAAGGGCUUGAGCCUCAAGACGCAGCUGCCUCGGCAGCACCUGGUGCACGUGUCUCGGCUGAGCGCUAACGAACUUGUCAACGUCAGCAUUUCGACAAACAAUCUGUUGGCUCCGCUGCCGCCGCCGUUCCAGCGGAAGAAGUUCGCCGCCUCGUAAACGGAGUGCAGGAGGAUAAAAUGGAGUUUACCCAGUAGUUUCCACUUAGUUACCAAAUAAAAUCAAAAGUAGAAAACAAUG